CAACCACCAAGCAUCUCCACCAGCUUUCAUCAUCACUACAACAACUCCACCACUCUCACCCACCCACAACAACCUCAAUCAACAUGACUGGACGCGGCAAAGGUGGCAAGGGCCUCGGAAAGGGCGGUGCGAAGCGUCACCGCAAGAUUUUGCGCGACAACAUCCAGGGAAUCACCAAGCCCGCAAUCCGCCGUCUGGCGCGUCGUGGUGGUGUCAAGCGUAUCUCAGCCAUGAUCUACGAGGAGACCCGCGGAGUUCUCAAGACCUUCCUCGAGGGUGUCAUCCGUGACGCCGUCACCUACACCGAGCACGCCAAGCGCAAGACUGUCACCUCUCUCGACGUCGUCUACGCCCUCAAGCGUCAAGGCCGCACUCUCUACGGAUUCGGUGGUUAAGCGGUUUCCGGUCUUUGGGGUUCUUUCACAACACAACACAACACACUUGCAUGCUUUCACGACUCAGAAAUAUCCAUCAGCACGGUGCUGCGGCUCAGGGAAAGCUGGUGAUGGAUGGCGCAGAUGGGAAUGGUUUUUUCAAGCAGGCUGCUCUCGGCCGAGCUUUAUGGUUUUGAUUGAUGUGUAGCAUAACGGCUCGAGGAGUUCAAUGGGGAGAACAAUUGAACUCAAAACAAUGAUACCACAGUCUAUUGUUCACUCACACUCGUCUGGUCAAUUUGUCUCUUC